AUGCCUGGUUCCUCCAGCAUUGACACUAUGAAGAAGGUGGUUCAGCAGCUCUGGCUGGAGGCCGGAAUCAACCACGUGAAGGUUUCCCAGGCAGUUGCAGACCUGAAAAAAUUUUGUCUGCAGAAUGCUUACCAUGAUCCCCUACUGACUGGAGUAUCUUCAUGUACAAGUUCCUUCAGACCCCAGAAAGUCUAUUUCUUUUUGUAG